AUGCGAAGUGGACCUGUCCUCAGCAAACAACAUCAGUUACCCCUCAUUAGGCCUCUCACUAGAAAAGAAAUACUAGAUGUUGUGAUGUCCAUAGAUGACCACAAGGCCCCAGGAAUAGAUGAAUUCAAUGUGUUGUUUUAUAAAAAGACAUGGGCUAUCAUUGGAGAGGAUGUCAUAGAGGCAGUACUUGAAUUUUUUCAACAAAAUACAAUGCAUCCGCUGGUUAAUUAUGCCACUGUCACUCUAAUUCCAAAGGUCAAACAUCCUUCCACAGUUAAAGAAUUUCGCCUUAUAUCAUGCUGCACAGUGGUAUACAAAAUCAUAUCGAAAGUACUCACAUCAAGACUUCAACCAGUGAUGGAAAUGUUAAUUGAUCCCACACAAGUUGCAUUUGUGCCCGGAAGACUUAUAUCUGACAAUAUAGUGUUGAGUCAUGAGAUAGUGAAGGGUUAUGGGAGGAAAAAUCCAACUGAACCAUUUUCUGCCAAGAAAAGACUAAGGCAAGGUGACCCAAUAUCACCUUACCUAUUUGUUCUAGCAAUGGAAUAUUUAUGUCGUCUUAUGAAGCAGUUGAAGCAAGAUAAGCUCUAUAAGUAUCAUCCAAGGUGUGGACAGCUACAAAUAGUGCAACUUGGCUUCACAGAUGAUCUCCUCUUAUUUAGCAGGAGAGACCUGGCCUCAGUUCAAAGAUUAUUUUCCAAACUACAACAGUUUUCAAGUGCGUCUGGGUUGCAAGCAAAUUUACAAAAACCAUCCAUCUAUUUUGGAGGGGUGAAGCCAGAAAUACAAAAGCAAAUCCUAGAGCUCCUUGGUAGAGUACAACUGUUGAAGAGUGUUCUGCUAACUGUACAAAUAUACUGGUCCCAAAUUUUUCAAUUGCCAAAGAAAGUGGUGGAACAAAUAGAGAGGAUUUGCCGAACAUUUUUGUGGACAGGAUCCAUGAAUUUAUCCAAGAAAGCGUUAAUAGCUUGGGAUAGAAUGUGUAUGCCCAUGAGUGCCGGAGGAUUGAAUCUUCUAAAUAUAGUUAUGAAGGCAAUUGGACAAGACAUGGAUUUAUGUUGGAAACAAUGA